AUGAAGCAGAGAUUCUCGUCCCUGGACGUGAAGGUCAUCACGCAGGAAUUGGCCUCGGAGUUAGUCCACCUCCGUGUGUCCAACAUCUACGACCUGUCCUCGCGCAUCUUUCUAUUCAAACUCGCCAAACCGGACCAUCGCCGCCAGCUCAUCGUCGACUCCGGUUUCCGCACUCAUGUGACUCAAUACUCGCGCACAGCGGCCACAACGCCCUCUCCCUUCGUUACGCGAUUUCGGAAAUACCUGAAGUCGCGUCGCAUCACCAGUAUCACUCAAAUAGGAACCGACCGCAUCAUCGACUUCUGUUUCAGUGAUGGCGCAUACCACAUGUUCCUCGAAUUCUUCGCCGGUGGUAAUAUCAUCUUGACGGAUCGCGAUUACAACAUUAUCGGGCUGUUCAGACAGGUUGCCGCCGGAGAAGGUCAGGAGGAGAUUAAGGUGGGACUCAAAUAUACCGUAUCCAACAAGCAAAAUUAUGAUGGCGUGCCGGAUGUCACGACGGAUCGCAUUAGGCAGACACUAGAAAAGGCGCAAGAGCUCUUUUCUCAGGAGGGAAAUGCACCCAAAAAGUCCAAGAAGAAGGGAACAGAGGUUUUGCGCAAAGCUUUGUCGCAAGGAUUCCCUGAAUAUCCUCCCUUGCUGAUGGACCAUGUCUUUGCCGUCAAGGAAUUCGACACUGCCACGCCACUGGACCAGGUCUUGGGGAAUCCGGAUCUUCUACAGAAAGUGAAGGAGGUGCUAGAAGAGGCACAGAGGAUUUCUAAAAGUUUCGACUCUGGUGACAGCCACCCUGGAUACAUUGUCGCCAAGGAGGAUUCCCGGCCUGCUCCUGAAGGAGAAGAUUCAAAGUUAAGCCUGCUGUAUGAGGACUUCCACCCAUUCAAGCCUCGCCAGUUUGAAGAUAAGCCGGGUAUCAAAAUUCUGGAGUUUGAGCGAUUCAACGCUACGGUAGACGAGUAUUUCUCGUCCCUGGAGUCGCAGCGACUCGAGUCGCGGCUGACCGAACGCGAGGCAGCGGCUAAGAAAAAGCUGGAAUCCGUACGACAGGAGCACAAGAAGCGCAUCGAUGCUUUGAAAGACGCUCAAGAGCUUCAUAUCCGCAAGGCAGAUGCUAUCCAGGACAAUGUUUACCGAGUCCAAGAGGCGAUGGACGCUGUCAAUGGACUGGUAGCUCAGGGAAUGGACUGGGGAGAGAUCGCACGUCUCAUUGAGAUGGAGCAGGAACGCGGCAACCCAGUAGCACAAGUCAUCAAGCUCCCGCUUAAGCUGUACGAAAACACCGUCACCCUUCUCCUAGGGGAGGCUGGUGACGAUGAGGAUGACGAAGAAGAUGUUUCUAGCAGCGAAGAAUCAGAAUCCGACUCGGAAGAUGAAGAAGAGCAGGAGGCUGGACGUGCUGAGAGAGAUUCCAAAGCAUUGACCAUCGACAUUGACCUUGGUCUCAGUCCCUGGGCAAACGCAUCACAAUAUUAUGACCAAAAGAAGCAGGCAUCGGAGAAAGCAGAGAGAACCGCCCAAUCUUCGACAAAGGCGUUGAAGAGUCACGAGAAAAAGGUUACCACUGAUCUCAAGAAGAAUCUCAAGCAAGAAAAAGAGGUACUGCGACAGACUCGGACGCCAUUUUGGUUCGAGAAAUUCAUCUUUUUCAUUUCCUCUGAAGGCUAUCUGGUCAUCGGUGCUCGUGAUGCCAUGCAAAGUGAACUACUCUACCGCCGAUACAUGAACAAGGGCGAUGUUUUUGUACAUGCUGACCUAGAAGGUGCCACCCCAAUGGUGGUUAAAAACCGAGCCGGUAGUGCCGAUGCACCCAUUUCUCCAUCUACCCUCUCUCAAGCUGGAAACCUUUGUGUUGCAACAUCAUCUGCAUGGGAUUCCAAGGCCGUUAUGUCUGCUUGGUGGGCACAUGCUCACCAGGUAUCGAAGAUUGCAGACAAUGGAAGUGGUAUUUUGCCCACUGGAUCUUUCCAGAUCAAGGGGGAGAAGAACUUCUUGGCCCCGUCGCAGCUUGUUCUUGGGUUUGGUAUCAUGUUCCAAAUCAGCAAGGAGAGUAGUGUUAAGAACCACAAGCAGCGCUUUGACGCGUUCGAAAUUCCACAGAUUGAUGCUACACCGGCAGGACCAAAUGCUGCUUCAGAACCGAAGGAAACGUCCACUGUGGCACAAGAUGUGCCGGAGAAGGCACAGUCUACCUCGGAGCCUACUGCAGACACAGAAAAGGAAGCCGAAGUAUCAGAAGAUGAACAAGAUGAAGACAACAAAGCAGCAACUCGUAACCCUCUUCAACGGGGUGACUCAGAGCUUCCAGCAACCCAGCCAUCCCAAGAAUCCGAAUCUGAGCCCGAGUCUGAGCCCGAACCCUCAGAGGAGGUUGCAGAACCAGCUUCAGAGGGCGAAGAAGAAGCUGCAUCAGCUACUCAGGCUACGAUACAGGAGCCUGAAGAACCCAAGCUUACGGCUAAAGAGCGACGCACUCUGCGACAAGGCAAGCCUCUUGAGCGCGAUCAAGAGCCAGCUGCCCCACGUAUCGCCCCCACCCGAGGCAAGCGGGCGAAGGAUAAGCGUGCAGCUGCUAAGUAUGCUCAUCAAGAUGACGAGGAGCGAGAACUAGCUCUUCGCCUAGUGGGUGCCAACAAAAGCAAAGCCGCAAAGGCCACCCAGGCAGCCGAAGCCAAGGAGCAGCGCGAACGGGACGCCGAGGCGCAAAGGCAACGCCGACGGGCCCAGCAUGAGCGUGCCGCUGAAGCAGAGCGUAAACGCCAGGCUGCAUUCACUGAAACCGGAACAGACGAUUACAACGAGGAGACUGCAGCAGCAGAGGCAGCAGAUCUCGCUUGGAUUCCUGCCUUGAUAGGCACACCGACGACGGACGACGAGAUCAUUGCUGCUAUUCCAGUCUGUGCUCCUUGGGGUGCACUUGGGCGCUACAAGUACAAGGUAAAGCUGCAGCCAGGUGCCGUGAAAAAGGGCAAGGCUGUCAAGGAGAUCGUUGGUCGGUGGGUACACGAGACAACAACCGGCAAGGUCAAGAAGGAACAUGCCGAAGACGCUGGAAUUCCUCGUGUUGAUGCGGAGCGUCUUCGCGCACAGGAGGGCGGUCUUAUCAAGGGGUGGAAAGAAUCAGAGAUCAUCAACACCAUGCCUGUUGGCAAGGUGCGCAUCAUGACCCCAGGUGUUGGAGGUGGUGGCGGCGGUGAUAAAGAGUACAUAGAUGAGAUCCUCAAUCCAUGA